CCGCCGCUGCGGCGCUCGCUGCGCGUUGUGCGGGGCCGGGCCCCUCGCGGCCGCCGUCGGGGGCGGGCCGGGCCGGGCCGGGCAGGAGCGGCCAUGGGGAACCUGUUCGGGCGGAAACGGCGGAGCCGCGUCACGGAGCAGGACCGGGCCGUGCUGCAACUGAAGCAGCAGCGGGACAAGCUCCGGCAGUACCAGAAGCGGCUGAGCCUGGGGCUGGAGCGGGAGCGGGCGCUGGCCCGGCAGCUGCUGCGGGACGGCAAGAAAGAGAAAGCCAUGCUCCUGCUGAAGAAGAAACGGUACCAGGAGCAGCUGCUGGAUAGAACAGAGAACCAGAUCAGCAACCUGGAGAGGAUGGUGCAGGACAUUGAAUUCACCCAGAUUGAAAUGAAGGUCAUCGAGGGCCUGAAAAUCGGCAACGAGUGUCUGAACAAAAUGCACCAGGUGAUGUCCAUAGAAGAAGUGGAAAGGAUAAUAGGGGAGACCCAGGAUGCUGUGGAGUACCAGAGGCAAAUAGACGAGCUCCUGGCUGGCAGCCUGACUGAGGAGGAUGAAGAUGCCAUUCUAGAAGAAUUAAAUGCUAUUACUCAGGAACAGUUGGAGCUUCCCGAAGUUCCCUCGGAGCCGCUCCCAGAGAAGAUCCCAGAAGUGUCACCCAUCAAGAACAGGCCAAAGCCAGAGCUGGUGGCAGCAUCUUAACUCCCAGUGCUGGGGAUUCCCCCACCAAACUUUCACCCUGGACAGUUUGCCCUCCCAGUGUGUGCUGGGAGCAGGCAAUGCCUUGGCAGCAUCCCAGCUGUGCUGGGUGGAUUGUGGAGCAGGAUUCCCUGCACAGGGUGGGGAACCUCAGCUGAUUAUCGCUCUUGUAUCAAGAUUAUUUUCUAGUGCUUUCUUUUUUUGUAACUUAAAUUCCAGACUCACUCAGCUGCGCUGUCUCGGGAUUAAACAGCAACUCUAAAUCA